AUGGAAGAGAUGGAGGAGGAGCUGAAGUGUCCGGUGUGCGGCUCCUUCUACCGGGAGCCUAUUAUCCUGCCAUGUUCCCACAGCUUGUGCCUGGCUUGUGCCCGCAACAUCCUGGUGCAGACGCCGGACUCGGAGUCCCCGCAGAGCCGCCGGGCGUCGGGUCUGUCCGACUACGACUACCUGGACCUGGAUAAGAUGAGUCUGUACAGCGAGGCAGACAGCGGCUACGGGUCGUACGGAGGCUUCGCCAGCGCCCCCACCACCCCCUGCCAGAAAUCCCCCAACGGGGUGCGGGUGUUCCCCCCGAGCAUGCCCGCUCCCCACCUGCCGCACCAUCACUCCUCCGGGGCGCUGCUGCCUCCCCUUCCCGCCCGCAACCAGUGCCUGACCUGCCCGCAGUGCCACCGCUCCCUCCUGCUGGACGAGCGGGGUCUGCGGGGCUUCGCUAAGAACCGGGUGCUGGAGGGGGUGAUCGAGCGCUACCAGCAGAGCAAGGCGGCCGCCCUGAGGUGCCAGCUGUGCGAGAAGAGCCCCAAGGAGGCCACGGUGAUGUGCGAGCAGUGCGACGUCUUCUACUGCGAGCCCUGCCGCCUGCGCUGCCACCCGCCCCGCGGGCCCCUGGCCAAGCACCGGCUGCUGCCCCCGGCCCAGGGCAGGGUGAGCCGGAGGCUGAGCCCCCGCAAGAUCUCCACCUGCACCGACCACGAGCUGGAGAACCACAGCAUGUACUGCGUCCAGUGCAAGAUGCCGGUGUGCUACCAGUGCCUGGAGGAGGGCAAGCACGGCAGCCACGAGGUCAAGGCGCUGGGGGCCAUGUGGAAGCUGCACAAGAGUCAGCUUUCCCAAGCCCUGAAUGGAUUGUCAGACAGAGCAAAGGAAGCCAAAGAAUUUCUGGUCCAACUAAGAAACAUGGUCCAGCAAAUCCAGGUACAGUUGUCAGCUGACAAAGGCUCAAACCACAAGGAGAACAGCGUGGAGUUUGAGGCCUGCCUGGUUGCACAGUGUGACGCUCUUAUCGAUGCCCUUAAUAGAAGGAAGGUGCAACUUCUUUCACGGGUUAAUAAAGAACAUGAACACAAGCUGAAGGUGGUACGAGAUCAGAUCUCUCACUGCACGGUAAAACUGCGGCAGACGACUGGGUUGAUGGAGUAUUGUCUGGAAGUGAUAAAGGAGAACGACCCCAGUGGUUUCCUUCAGAUCUCUGAUGCUCUGAUACGAAGGGUCCACCUGACUGAGGAUCAGUGGGGAAAAGGAACGCUCACCCCAAGGAUGAACACAGACUUCGAUCUAAACCUGGACAGCGCCCCCCUCCUGCAGUCCAUCCAUCAGCUGGACUUUGUACAGAUGAAAGUUCCCUCUUUAGUCCCUGCGCCCCCAAUUCUCCAGAUGGAAGAGUGCUGCACCCACAACAACAGUGCCACCCUGUCCUGGAAACAGCCGCCCAUGUCCAUGGUGCAAGCGGAAGGAUAUAUUCUGGAGCUGGACGACGGGAACGGCGGUCAGUUCAGGGAAGUAUUUGUCGGGAAGGAGACGAUGUGCACAGUGGACGGCCUGCACUUCAACAGUACAUAUAACGCCCGAGUCAAGGCCUUCAAUAAAGCUGGGGUCAGCCAGUACAGCAAGACCCUGGUCCUCCAGACCUCCGAAGGUCCCUAUCCUCGAAUGUCAGCCUCUCUUGCAGCUCAUUUGCAAAUCAACACCACCAUGCCCUCUCCACUCGAGUUCCUCCAAAACUCAGAACAGGAAACUUGUGUGUCUUCAGUGGCCUGGUUCGCCUUUGACCCUGGUUCAGCGCACUCGGACAUCAUCUUCUCGAAUGACAACCUGACCGUUACCUGUAACAGCUAUGAUGACCGAGUAGUGUUAGGGAAGACCGGCUUCUCCAAAGGAGUUCACUAUUGGGAGCUGACCAUUGACAGGUACGACAAUCACCCAGAUCCUGCCUUCGGUGUGGCCCGGGUUGAAGUGAUGAAGGACGUCAUGCUGGGAAAAGACGACAAAGCUUGGGCCAUGUACGUGGACAACAACCGCAGCUGGUUCAUGCACAACAACUCCCACACGAACAGGACUGAAGGAGGCAUCACCAAGGGGGCCACAGUUGGUGUCCUCUUAGACUUCACCAGGAGAACUUUGACCUUCUCCAUCAAUAAGGAGCAGCAGGGACCUGUGGCAUUUGAAAACAUGGAGGGCUUGUUGUUUCCUGCUGUGAGUCUCAACAGGAAUGUGCAGGUAACACUUUAUACCGGUUUGCCGAUUCCUGGAUUCUACUCGUCUCGGGCAUCCAUAGCAUCUUAAAAGUGCCAGAAGGACUGAAAUUGCUCUUAAAGUCCCAGACGGUCAUCGCAUUGGAUUCAAAAGCAGCAAACUGUUCUUACGAAAAGCAGAAUGUCUGUCUGCAAGACAUUGUAAAUACAUAGGGGGCAGAAUAUAUGGGGUGCUCACAGAGACCCUCCAGCUCUAACUAACGUCCAGCUCUGUACAGGUAGACCUUCUCCUGAUGACCAGCGCUGACUUCUCUAUUGUGUCCAGCUUUGUACCUAUCCAUAAUGUUCUUACCUCUUCAUCAUAUCCCACGUUUGUGCCGUUCCUAUCAGUUUCUGUCCAGGAGGUUGACUCUACAUAUCUCUAGGAUGCUCAGUUCUCAAACGUACAUAGUGGUACCACCAAAGUUCUGCUUUGGUGUCCAGCUGUAUCCAGUGUGGAACAACCAUAGUUCUCCAGUUUUUGUGUCCAGCUGUAUCCAGAGUGGCGCCACCAUAGUUCUCAAGUUUUGGCACCCAUCAGUAUGCAGUGUGGUCUCACCAUAGUUCUCCAGUUUUGGUGUCCAGCUGUAUCCAGAGUGGUGCCACCAUAGUUCUCAAGUUUUGGCACCCAUCCAGAGUGGUGCCACCAUAGUUCUCAAGUUUUUGCACCCAUCAG